UCAACAAUGGCUGACAGUAUGUCUUUGGACGAGGAUCUCAUUUGUGCAGUUUGUCGGGACAUAUUUGUGGAACCAGUUACCUUGCCAUGUGGACACAACUAUUGUGAAGAAUGCGUCAAUCAGUUAAAAAGAUCAUCGACUGAAGAUGAAUCACGGCGCUACACAUGUCCACUUUGUUUAGCGCCGUGUGAUGUGAGCAUAGCUUUUAAGAAGAAUAUCGUCCUCCACAACAUCCUGGAAAAAUACCACAAAACCCGAUCAAGUGGCCACGAUUGUAGCAUUUGCAAAGGCGAGCAGAAACUUCCGGCUGAAAAGACGUGUCUGAAUUGUGAGGAGUCCUACUGCACCCUUCAUAUUAUGCCACAUUGUGAGAACAGUGUUCUGCGACAACACGUGCUUGUAAAUCCUAUAUCCAACAUCAGCAAAUUGUGUAAAUCACACGGAAAGGAGCUUGAACUUUACUGCCAGACAGACCACGUUGCCCUGUGUGUGUACUGCAUGUUGCCUUCAGAGGCUAAACACACAGAAGGACACAGUGUCGUCAAAUUGUCAGAUGCAACAACAAAUCUGAAGGAGAAUUGCCAAGCCAAGCUUUCUGAUGUAAGAGGAAAUUUGUCAGAAGUAGAACAAUGUCUGUCAGAUAUUGAGAACGCUGCAUCCACUUCCAAGAAGAAGCUUGAAGAUCAACAGGCAGACUGCACAUCCUUUCUCGGGAGGAUCAAACUGUUCCUAGACUUUGAGGAGCAAGCUUGGCAAAAGCGGUUCUCGGUGGACCUGGUUCUGGAGAGCAAGAAUCUGAAGCUCAGGGUAGAGAAGCUGAUGAAGAUGAAGGGAAGGCUGGCAGAGGCUCUGGAGGGGUUACAACAGGCUCUGGCCAUUCAGGACCCACUGCUGCUACUGCAGACGUCACAGAGCACUGACUGGGGAGAUCUUUAUGAGAGUGAGUCAUGUACUCGUCAGCUCCAGGAGGUGAGGGAGUGGCGAGGACCAAAGCCUGCUGCCUCUGCAAAGAUCAUGCCACUGUUCCAGACCCUGAGAGGGACAUUUUCAGGAGAUGAUAUCAAGCUGAACCCACGGUCAGCCCACCCUGGGUUAGAGUUGUGUGUUGCAAGUGGCUCACUGUGGUUGUCCAAGAACAAAGAACAUGCAGGUGGUCCAUACUCUGUUUUGGGCUGUGAUGCCUUCAGAGGUGGAGUGCACCAUUGGGAGGUCGUGGUUACGGAUGUCCCUGGUUGGACGGUGGGCAUCUCGUACGCACCUCGCCAGGGUGAGGCGGCCAGUGCAGGAUUUGGCAGUGAUGCCUCUUGGGCCUUGAGCUAUACCGAAAGCAGAGGUCAGUUCUGUGCUGAACAUGGCUGGUACAAGUUCUGUUUCACCAACCCCGCCCCUGGUUUGCCCAGCCGAAUUGGAGUGUUUCUGGAUGUGGACAGUGGCAUCCUGUCAUUUUAUGAUGCACUGAGACUGGAGCAUCUACAUACGUUCUAUUGCUGCCUCCAAGCACCUGUCUACGCUGCUUUCAGUAUUGAUGUGGAACUAGAGGGAGAAAGCCUUACCAAGAUCAGCGUUAUUAACCCAGAGAAGAAUCAGUGAGUUUGUAGCAACACACCAUACUGUAGUUAGUCUGGCUAUCACCAUACUAAACUCAAUCUUUUAAGAUUGAACAUUAGUCUGGGGAGUCUGCACUUUAUUUCUAGUCUGCACAAGAGGCGUGAUCAAUGUGCAUAGUUCAAAUGACAAUGUACGCUUUUGGAUAGUCCUUCAACUAAUCAGACCAACGAUCUGGGUGCACCUUUGGGAUAAAGCUAUUUUGUGAUUGGACCCCAAAGAUGUGGACAGGAAGCAGGAGAGAUAGAUGUGCAGGUUUCCAGCCUAAGCUGCAGGCCGAAAUCCAAAUCACCGGCAGAUCAGGCAGGGUUUACCCAGCCUACGCCAUAGAUAAAAUAUUGCCACCAACUGUAAAAAUGGCAUCCAACACUACUCACCUUCGGCCACAUCUCAACUGAGAUUUGAGAAUUGGUCUGGUGUUGAUCAGGCUACCUAUAGCCCUAGAUGAUUAUCAGUUUUCACACUUGUUUGCUAACAGAUUUAUAUUUGAGUGAGUAUUAUACAUAUUGUUAUAUAUUAUAUAUUAUAAACUGUAUGUAGGCCUAUUUAACUUCAACAUAAUUCUAAGCAAAAUGUACGCCUGCAUCAAUGAGCUUUUUGUUAUAUUACAGUAUAAUGUUGUAUUUAAAACUCUGCGUAUCAGACAUCAUGAAUGUAAAAUGCAUGGUUUUCCUGAUUUUUAUGAGAAUAAACUUCCUCACUGAGUUAUGGUGACAA